AUGUCCAACGCAAGCGUUAUAUCGAAUACAACUUCAGCAGCAAAUCAAACCUACUGCUUAGAGGUCUCUGAGUUAUGCCCCGUGAAGCUAUCCACAUACGGAUACUACCCCAACCUCGGUGCCAAUGCAUUCUUCCUCGCCGUCUUCGCGAUAUGCAUGAUCUCCAGUUUUGCAUCGAGCCUGCACUACCGCACCUGGACAUACAUGGUCGCUCUUACACUAGGCUGCCUGACCGAAUUCAUUGGCUACAUCGGACGAAUCAUGCUACACAAUAAUCCGUUCGACGGGAAUGGGUUUGAAAUGCAAAUCUGCUGCUUGAUCAUUGCGCCCGCUUUCAUUUCUGCUGGCAUCUACCUCACGCUCAAGCAUAUCGUCUUGUGUUUCGGGACAGAGUAUUCAGUCCUUAGGCCUCGCUCAUAUACUUGGAUCUUCAUCUGCUUCGAUAUAAUCUCUCUACUCCUCCAGGCAGCAGGUGGUGGCAUUGCCGCCAGCGCGUCUGACGAGUCUGGCUUGAAACUGGGAAACGACAUAAUGAUGGCGGGAAUCGUAUGGCAGGUGAUUACGCUGACGGCCUUUGCUGCGCUUGCGGGAUUAUACUAUAUGAGGUUGAGAGCGUCGCAGGCAAUAUUGUCUUCCGAAGCAGAUGCCCUGAGGCGCGCAACUCUGUUCAAGCUCUUCUUGUUCGGAAUGACGAUUGCGUUCGUUACUAUUUAUAUACGAUGCGUCUAUCGAAUUGCAGAAAUGGCGGGCGGCUGGGGGAAUAAGAUCAUGAAGGAUGAAUCCUAUCUGCAAGGAGUCCCAGCUGAGGCACCUCCUCCAUAUCCGGGUGGCCUAGCUCAUCCUCAACAGAGAGUUCAGAUUAUCGAAGUCGUCUCGGCUGGUUUCGGAAAGAGCAGUAUGGUUCUGAAGCGAGCAGAUCUUACUGGCAACAGUGCUCAAGAGUUUGGCUAUUUUGUCGAUGUAUCAAAUUAUACACCUGGAAAACCAGACGUUACUCUUCAUCGAGGCGAGGACAAGAAUGGCCCCGCACUAGGAAUAGCGCGGUUUCCGCAUUUCUCUCACUCAAUGCGAAUUGGAAUUGUGCCAGACGUCCAAGCAGUGAACAGUGCUACUGUCGACGAAAGCCAGCUGUGGUGGGAGGAUCUCCGUUCUGUGACUGGGUUCGGCAAGCUUUUCGGAAAAGCUGCAACUAGCGGAGCCAAAUCUGGCGACGGAGUCUUCUCCGUGCCGGCUCGAAUGCUCAAUUUAGGUGCAAGCAACACCGGAAGUGAUCGCAUAGAAUUGAUCUGGAAGCGAACGCACCAUGACCACUUGAUGACAGCAAACGGCGCAUCAGGAAAUAUUUCGAUGGGCUCGCUCAAGCUCGUACUAGCACAUAACCAAGAUUUUGUUGUCGCGCAGUUCGAACAGGGCCAUUCUUGCUCUUUUAGAGGAAGUAAAGGUCGCAUCGUGCUCCUGAAUGGCGUUGCUACCGGUCCGGCCUGGGAGGUUAUGGCUGUUUUGACUCUUAUGGCCAUGAUCGAGCAUCGCAGGAGACAGCAACAAGCCGCUGUGGCAAGCGGUGCGGCCGCAUCAAGUUAGGGCCCGAGUCUCGAGUUAUAUCUGCGGCACUUUUGGAGAUACCCAUUUAACCAACCUUUCGAAUCGAUUUUACACUGGAGGGAGAAACAUUGUAUAUACUUUUCAGUCGAAGGUCACCAAAACUUGUAAUAUUUAACAUUAUGACUCUUUCUCAACAACCAAUAUAUUGCUCUAAAUUUACAUGC